AUGACCACUAAGGAGGCUUGCCCUCCUCCUCCCAGCCAGAAUCGCAGUGCCGCUAUUGUCGGGAAACCACCGUGGGAUGGAGCUGUCGCACCUAGAGCUGCCUCUGAGACCCUCAACCUCGAUCUUGAUUACGACCUCUCUCUCUCUCAUAAACUAAAGCUUCUCUCUCAUGGGACUUCUCCACACGUGAUUAGAAGAAGAUCAUUCCCAGCUGAUUUUUUGUUUGGUGCUGGAACCUCUGCUCUGCAGGUUGAAGGAUCACAGUAUGAAGGAGGGAGAGGACCAAGUGUAUGGGAUGACAUAAUUAGAGAUGCUGACAAGUAUCCUACAAUGAUAGAACAUUAUAAGCGAUAUAAGGAGGAUGUUGCACUUUUAAAGAAACUUGGAGUAAACUCUUACAGAUUUUCCAUCGCAUGGAGUAGAAUUCUGCCGGAUGGAACCUUGAAUGGAGGUAUCAACCAAGAAGGAAUCAACUUCUACAACAAUUUGAUCAAUGAAUUGCUCGCAAAUGGUAUUACACCUUUCGUGACAAUUUUGCACUUUGAUUAUCCUCUUCACCUUUACAAACAAGGGGGAUUCUUGAAUAUCUCUAUUUUGAAUCAUUACAAGGAUUAUAGUGAUCUUCUAUUCAAAACCUAUGGAGAUCGAGUUAAGCAUUGGGCUACAUUCAAUGAGCAAGAAAUAACUGCUAUGUUUAAUUUCAUGCACGGAAUGCAGAAUCCUUCCGCUGAAAAGUGCCAAGUUACCAAAGAAUGCAAAGAAGCAUAUUUGUUUAUUCACAACUCCAUACUUUGCCAUGCUACAGCGGCAAACAUAUACAAUCAGAAAUACAAAGCAACACAAGGGGGAGAAAUUGGAAUUGUUCUUUGUAUGGAAGACUACAUUCCCUACAGUUUUAAACCAGAAGAUGUAGCUGCUAGUGAAAGACUUUCAGAUUUCUUCUCUGGAUGGAUUUUGGAGCCGUUGUUCUAUGGGGAUUAUCCUACAACCAUGAGAGAGCUUGUGGGGGAUAGGCUACCUAUUUUCACUGAAGAGGAGAAAAUUUUAGUCAAAGGAAGCAUAGAUUUCAUUGGGUUAAAUUACUAUAGAUCUUUUUAUGCUAGAAAUGAACCAAACAAAACACGCAUUACGAAUCUAGACAAUUAUGACUCUUUAGCAGUGAAAGAAGUUAUAAACGCCCAAGGAAAAACUAUAGGUUUCAAGGAUCCAGCAACUUCAAGCUUCAUAUAUCCAGAAGGAUUAUAUAACGUCUUAAUACACUUGAAGCAAAAGUACCAAAAUCCUAAGAUCUAUAUCACUGAAAAUGGUAUUUCUUCGGGAAAAAUUGUCAAUUCAUUGGAAGACAGUCACCGGAUAAAUUAUAUUGCUGCACAUCUAAACUACACAAAAUUUGCAAUUGAUUCUGGAGUUAAUGUUGGUGGAUAUUUUGCCUGGGCAGCAUUUGAUACCUUUGAAUUUUACGGUGGCUUUUCCGACAGAUUUGGGCUUAUUUCUAUUGAUUUUAAUGAUAAUCUCAAACGUAUACCAAAAUGGUCUGCUAGAUGGUACAAAUGGUUUCUCACAGGAAACAAGAAUUUCUAG